GGGGUGAGCUGGGCGAGGCGGCGGAGGAGGACGAGAAUGGGAGGAGGAGGAGGAAGAGGAAUGGGAGGAGGAGACGGAGGAGGAGGAGGAGGAGGAUGAAUAGGAUCCAGGAGGGAUUGUAGACUUUGGGGGAGGUGUGGGUAGGUAGUACGGGUAUGGGUUAGUUACUGGAGUGUGGGUGUCAGGUUGCGGCGAGUUAGGUGUGAGUGAAUGUGAGCGUGAUAUCUGGGGGACAGAGGGCUGUUCUGGGCCAAGCGGUAUGGUAGAUGGGGGUUUGAAUGGAAUGUAUAUGAUCUUUCUUCUCCUUCUCUCCGUUUCCGUGAGUCCGUCCGUCCGUCUCUGUCUUUUUCUUUUCUUUUCUUCUUCUUCUUCUUCUUCUUCUUCUUCUUCUUCUUCUUCUUUCGUUUUCUUUUCUCUUCUUCCUUCACUUUCUUUUGCUUCCGCGCCUGUCUGUCUGUCCGCUCCGACAGAGGAGCCUGGUGCGUUGGUGGAUGUCGUUGGUCAAAAGGCCUAGUGCGCAGACAGACUGAGGCGAGUGGGGAUUAAGAUGGAGGCAAGGGCUACAGAGGAAGGCAGUUGGGCAUAGCUAGCAGUUGAGGCGAGUUGUUUGAGAGCUGCGGCUGUUCUUCACUGUCGGAAUCCGAUUGUUGCUGACUUGUUCGUGUGGGGAGAGAUCUCGGGAUGGGUGGGGGGACGGUGCUGGGU